AUGGCCGUCGAUGAAGAAGCAAUAUCAAAAAGGGUUACCAGUGUACUGGAGACACAUUUAGAAAGUGACAAGGAUGCACUAGAAGCGUUAAAAGAGAUUUCAGAGUUUUAUACUGAAAAUACCUUGGAAUGUAGAAGAGGCUUAAGAACUAAAAUAGAAAAAAGAAGUCUUGCAUUGAAUGAAAAUUUUUUGGCAUCUUUUGAAAAAGUGAAAAAUGCUGUAAAUGCUUUACACGACAAUGUGAAUUCUUUAAAUGCAUCUGUCAUGUCUAUGUCAUCCCAAUUGAAAGAUACUAAAGCAGACACUCAGAACUUGAUUGAACUCACAAAACGAUUACAACUCGAAAGGAAAAGUGUGUCCAACCAGCAAUUAUUGGCAGAUGCUUAUGUGAAAACAUUCCAGUUGAAUUCUUCUGAAGUGGCUUGUCUUCGAUCUAACAAUGUCACUCCUGAAUUUUUUACAGCUCUACGCAAAACCCAAAAUAUUAGUAAUAAUUGUAAAGUGCUUAUGCAAGCUGGUCAUCAAACAUCAGCACUUAGUUUGAUGGAACAGAUUUCUACCUACCAGGAAAUGGCGAUGGAUGUAUUAUAUAGAUGGAGCCAAUUGUACUGUAAAGACAUUGAGUCCACAGUUACUGGUCCUCUACUCGUAUUUGCCAUGGAAGUGUUGCAAGACCGACCAGUAUUAUUUAAAUAUGUAUUAGAAGAGUACUGUACAGUUAGACAAUCUGUAGUCGCACAAAGAUUCAUAGAUGCUCUGGCAGCAAACAGUUCAAAUGAUACUUCAUUGAAAACGUAUUCAAAAGACAUACGGCAGUACAUUAACAACAUGUUAUCAUGGUUGAUUGAUCAUGUUCCAAUUGAAAGGAAGUAUCUUACAUAUCUGUUGAAAAACUGUGAUAAAUUAAAUGUUGAUGAAGAAAUAUCAUUAUGUAUGAGUAGCAUAACUGAAGGAUUGUGCAGUCCUUUAGCAUCACGUGUAGAGAGUGUACUGCAUAUGAAUGAAAACCCAAUUGACCUCUACGGUGUCGCUAGUUCACUGAAAUUCUAUCUUCAAAUAGUAAUUAAAACAGUUCCCUCUGGACAACUGUGUCAAACAAUUGAAGAAUUACAUAAAACUAUGGAAUGUGUGUUUUUAAACAAACUUCAAAACUUAGUACGGGAUACUCUUUUGGAACGUAUUGAAGCACCACCAUUAGAUUUGUCCCCUUCACCUGGUAUUGGACAUUUAUUAAAUAUCCUCAGGCAAGUGUUGUCAGUGGCUGCAGUUACUGAAGACAAACAAGAAGAUACGUCAAUGAUAGUAUCUUGCGUUUUGGAACCAUUACUUCAAGCAAUCAAUUUAAGUGCUUCGCGACUAACCCCCUUAGACAUGGCCGUUUACCAUCUCAAUUGCUUGUAUGACAUACAUGAGACACUAAGGCAGUACCAGUAUGUUGAAGACAAACUUGAAAAAUUACAGGUUCAAAUGGCUGUGCAAAUAGAAAUUGUGUCUGCUGAACAAGCAAACUAUCUUGUCACACAUUUAAAUCUUGAGGAAAUUCAAACCAUUUUACAAGGUCAUGGAGCAAAUAUUCCACUGUCUCAGAUCCAAGGGAUGGAAGCUGAAAAUUUGAUAAAUUUUUUGAGUAAAUUGGAAAGCAUGCUAGUCAUGCCUCAUACUGUUGCGGUACCGCAAAUUGGUUGUCUGAAAAAUCCUUUACAUUUAAGUAAGGUUAGGCGGCAAUCUAAUGAAGUGAUUUCUGCUGUUUAUAAACAACUAUACGAACAUGUACAUAAUCCAACUAAUGAAUAUGAUAACCCAUCAGCAUUGAUGUCUAGAACGCCGGAUCUCGUGUAUCAGUUAUUAGUCAACGAUGAAAAUCCAUUGUGA